AUGGAUGAUAGAGUAAGAUUAAAAGUGUAUUAUGAUGGUCAAAUUUUGUUACAAACAUCAGAAGGAGUGAAAUUUGUGUGUCAAAAUCCAUUAGAUAUUAUUAUUCCGUUUACACUGUCAUUUGAAGAAUUAAAAGGUAUCAUUUGUGAGAAGAUAGAUUCUCAAACAACAAGGAUAGUAUCGUGUAUUCUGUACAGAUAUCCCAUAUCUGUAUUUGGUGGGUUCGUGCAAUUUCAAACGAAAUACGUGACAGACGAAGCGAGCAUGCAAGAAAUGUUUUCAGUGUAUCUCGGAAGUCGGUCGCGAAUAUCGUUUAUCGAACUGUAUAUUGAGUUCGAGCAAUCUGCAGCAGACCGAGAUAUUGAAUUGCAGGAUUACAACAGUGAUAGUGAAGAAGAGUUCGAAAGUAACUACGUGGUCGUUGAUCCGGGUGUAGACGAAGAUCAAGCUGACGAUGCUAUGGUGGCAGACGUGGAGGAUGUGGCAAAUGCACUAGCAAAUCAGGAGCCGUUUGUGGAGCCGAGUUUCAUGCGGUCAUUGGAUUUGGAUGCCAUGCAUGCACCGGAGUUUCCUCAAUAUGUAAAUGCAGCAGAGCUUCCCCUUCUGCCGGAUGGUGAAUUUAGUGUGGGAAUGGAAUUCAGUUCUAGGGAGGCAGUAAUUAAGGCGAUGAAAGAUUAUACAAUCCGCAGAGGUGUAGAUUAUCGGGUGCAUGAGUCAGAACCCACGACAUUUUAUGCUAAAUGCACCCAGUAUAAUGCAGGAUGUGAUUGGCUGAUCAGGGUGAGCAAGAUGUCCAGAAAGUUCUGUUGGGAGAUAAGGAGGUACAACGGUUGUCACACCUGUACUAGGGCCACCAUUUCUCAAGAUCAUUCGAAGCUGGAUUCCAACACAGUUGCAGAAGCAAUAAAGCCAUUGGUAGAAGUUGACCCGUCUAUUAGGGUGAAAUCAGUGAUUGCGGAAGUACAGUCAAAGUUUAACUACACCAUUAGUUAUCGCAAAGCAUGGUUGGCAAAGCAAAAGGCAGUGGAGUCAAUUUUCGGAGGAUGGGAAGCUUCGUACGAAGCCUUGCCGAUAUGGUUUGAGGCUAUGUGUCACAAGGAGCCAUCCGCAGUUGUUCAUUUCCAAACAAUGCCUGCGUAUCAGGGAGAUGACUUAGUUCCUAAUAUUCGUGUACUUCACCGAGUCUUCUGGAGUUAUUACCCUUGUAUUAGAGCCUUCAGACAUUGCAAGCCAAUAGUGCAGGUAGACGGAACUCAUUUGUAUGGAAAAUACAAGGGUUGUUUGUUGGUUGCAGUAUCACAGGAUGGCAACAACAAUAUCGUGCCGAUUGCAUUCGCGAUAGUUGAGGGAGAGACAUCUGAUGCCUGGCACUUUUUCCUGAGUAACUUGCGACAGCAUGUUGUGAGACGUGACGGGGUGGGCCUUAUUUCCGAUCGGCACGAUUCUAUUAGGUCUGCUGUUGAUCGUAGUGACGGAGCGUGGUCUCCUCCCAGAGCAUUCCAUAUGUUCUGCAUCAGACAUAUAGAGUCCAACUUUCUGAGAAAAUUCAAGGCUCCGUAUUUGCAGAAGCUUAUCGUCAAUAUAGGUUACUCGCGAACAAUUCGCGAGUACGAGACGCGUUAUCAGCGUUUGCGCGAGCGGGGUGAGGCUUAUACCAACUGGUUGGAUCGCAUUCCGCGUGAGCAGUAUGCUUUAGCUUUUGAUGGGGGAUAUCGAUGGGGUCAUAUGACAACCAAUCUUGUGGAAUGCAUCAACUCCGUACUGAAAGGGGCUCGCAAUCUUCCAGUCACUGCACUUGUGAAGGCAACGUUUUACAGGCUUAAUGAAUUGUUCACCCGGAAAAGAGCCGAGGCUGAGGCUAGAAUUAAUGCAGGACAUGUGUUCUCUGAGCUUGUAACCUCCAAACUGCAAGCAAAUCAGCGGGCAGCUGGUAACAUUCAAGUUAGUUGCUUUGACCGCCAAAAUGAGGUAUUCGAAGUGCGUGAGUGUCCUAGUGGUGUGGAAUAUGCAGUGGAUCUCCGUCAACAAAGGUGUGACUGUGGUGAGUUCCAAGUUGACCGGCUUCCGUGUCGACAUGUGUUUGCUUGUUGUGCAAACCAACGUCUGGAUUGGCAACUGUAUGUACAUGAUGUUUACAAGAUGGACCAGGUUCGACGAGUAUACAGGGCUAGGUUUAAGCCACUCGGAAAUCCAACAACAUGGCCUGUUUAUCAUGGACCUCGAUUCGUUGGUAAUCCAUUCCUUAGACGGGUAUCCAAAGGUCGGCCAAGGAUGACUCGUUUCUUGAAUGAGAUGGACACUCGGAUGUUGCGUCGUCCUAGGAGAUGUAAGCAAUGCGGGGCCGAGGGCCACAGCCGUAGUAGAUGUCGUCAAGGUGGUGGUGAAAAUAAUCCGGGUGCGAAUUAG